AUGUGCUCCUCAUCAGAGCAAACAUUUUUCCAGGCGAAUGAUUCUCAUGAAGCAGCCAUGGCCAUGACUGAAGACGGUGUUUCAAGGAGGCUCAGUGCCACUAACAAAACAUACUUCUAUUUCACCACAGCUUCCCUCACGGUGUGCCUCGUCUUUGCUCUAGCAACCAUCAUGGUCUUAAUCGUUCAGAGGAAGGGUCUGGCUCCCCCAGAGGACGGCAUUACAGCACCCAGCAUAGGGAAUGAAUUAAAAGCUGUUUUUACAACCCUACAGAAUGCUUCAUUUAUGAAAGCAGCUGCAUACAUGACAGUGUCAAAGCCAAUAAAUAGUCCAAAACUGAAGUGGACAAACAAUCGUAUUCUCCAAGACAUCACGUACAACAGCAAAGGAGACCUGGUGAUCCAGACGCCAGGCUUGUACUUGGUCUACUGCAACUUGCACUUUCAUCUAACCAACUCAAGCAACACAAUCUACCUAAAGAUGGAACUGCUUGUGAAUAACAUCACCAACAGGCAAACGUUACUCACACCCUGUUCCAACACCAACAGGCAAACGAUAUUCAAGCAGUGUGCAUCAGUUACAGACAAUAACAGGAUAUAUCAGGAGCUCUCCAUAUUCCAUCUGGUGAACCUAGAUGCAGAUGACUGGCUAUCAGUAAAAACUGAGCAUUACGAAUAUUUGGAUUUAGAUUUCUUACCCAAUGACAAUGUUCUUACAGUCCUCAGGUACAGUGAUAAAAGUAAGGAGUGCACUGACUGCUUCCUGUAG